AUGCAUAUUAGCACGGAAGAUCAUUUAAAGGAAGCCGGAGUGCAAUCAAUGGACACGGUACAAACGAAUAUAGUCUGGAGAAACAUUAUCUUAUUCGCAGUCUUACAUGCAGCAGGAGUUUACGGGUUGUAUCUCUGCUGCACAAGCGUCAUGUGGUUGACAAAUUUGUACCUAUUUGGUCUGAUUGGUCUUUCGGGUCUAGGCGUCACGGCUGGAGCACACAGACUUUAUGCCCAUAAAUCUUACAAAGCACGUUUACCACUGCAGAUUCUGUUGGUUAUAUUUAACACUAUUGCUAUGCAAGAAUCGGUGAUAGAUUGGGUGCGUGAUCAUCGUAUGCACCAUAAGUAUUCCGAAACAAACGCCGACCCAUAUAACGCGAAACGAGGAUUUUUCUUCUCUCAUAUAGGGUGGCUGAUGAUGAAGAAACACCCAGACAUCAAAGCUAAAGGUCACACUGUCGACAUGAGUGAUAUCUUAAAUAAUCCUAUUCUACGUUUUCAGAAGAGAUACUAUGCAAUUCUGGCACCAUUAGCCUGUUUUGUUCUUCCAACGUAUAUUGCAACAUUGUGGGGUGAAUCUUUAUGGAAUGCGUUUUUUGUAUGCGCGGUGUUCCGAUACAUUUAUACACUGAACGGAACCUGGCUUGUGAAUUCUGCUGCACAUAUGUGGGGUAACAAGCCUUACAAUAAACACAUCAAUCCUGUCGAAAAUUAUUUCGUGUCGUUUAUAGCUCUUGGAGAAGGAUUCCACAACUAUCAUCAUUCUUUCCCUUGGGACUACAAAACAGCGGAACUCGACAGUAACUUCGGAGGACUGCAUGAAGCCGCAAUUAAAUCUGCGAAGACGCACUUGAGGAGUCCUCAUCCCGGCACAUUGUGUGAGUACGAUCUCACCAGUACUCUAACUGGAAAACUGGGCCGCUGGCAAGUAGUGCAUCAAAUGUCGCAACAAUUCUGGCAUCUGUGGGGGAAUGUAGGGUUUUGGGUCAUUUCAAUCCGCCAACCACCGCAUAUGCGCGCUGAGCUUCCGCAAAAAACAACAGCGCGCUCUUGCUACGCGCUGCCAACAGUAAGAUCCUCAAAUCAUUGGUGGGACAAUCAAGACCACUCAGGAGCAGAGCUGGUCGAGGAAGCGGCCCAAAUACAGUUUUUUAUGGGUUUCUUGUAA